AUGCAGAGAGGCCUGCGCAAGCGUUUCUGCCCGGGUCCAUCGGAAGAGGGCGAUCGCGAUCUGCGACCAGGCCACGCAGCUCACCACUUCACGUUCUCCGAGAAGGAGCGGAUGAACGAGUACGAGAGCUUGGACUACAACGUUCCCCACUCGCAGAUCUACCGCAAGUACCUGCAGCAAAAGACCAAGUGGUGGUACAUACGCAAGGACCUCUCCAAGUGGCUCCUCUUCUGCGUGGUGGGAGCUGCCGUGGGCUUCGUGGCAUUCCUCCUCAAGCAGACCACCGAACUCAUCGCCGAGGGUCACUUCAAAGUCACCGAGCUUAUUCUUGACACCCAGGACGACCUCAACAAGGCCCUGGUCUAUCCGCUGGCUUGGUUGGCCUUUGUGGGCUACAGCCUCAUAACCGUAUUAUGCGCCAGCGCCCUCGUGGUGUACUGGCAGCCACCAGCAGGAGGGUCGGGCAUUCCGGACGUGAUGGGGUACCUGAACGGCGUCAAUUUACCAAAAAUCUUCAACGUCCGCACGCUGGUGGUCAAGUUUACUUCUUGCGUGCUCGCCAUAUCUUCCGGCUUACCCGUGGGACCCGAGGGACCCAUGAUUCACAUGGGCGCCAUGGUGGGAGGCAACCUGACACAAGGCCGCUCGCGCACGCUGAACUGGAACCCUUCCUUCCUGACGCGCUUCCGCAAUACGCAAGACCGCCGUGACUUCAUCACCGGCGGCGCUGCUGCUGGCGUGUCUGCUGCAUUCGGAGCUCCCAUCGGUGGUCUGUUGUUCGUGAGAGAGGAGGUGGCGUCCUUCUGGAACCACAAGCUUACGUACAUGAUCUUCGUCGGUUGCCUGAUGGCCUCGUUCGCUGCGUCACUGUUGAACUCUUCCUUUAUCGCUUGGGUGCCCACGGGACGCUUUGGCUACUUCAUCGAGGAGUCAACCAUCUUGUUCCCCGUCAAUCAGUACAUCGAGAUGCACAUCUUCACCAUGAUCACUCGCUUCAGGAAUCGCUUCUUCGUUCCUUACAAGCUGAUGAGGCUGCUGGAACCGUGCAUCGUCGUGGCCAUCUUUUCGUCGCUGUGCCUCUUCCUUCCUCUGGCCUUCCCCUGUCUGCCCAAACCCGAGAACCCCAUCGACAGCGACAAAUACCGGCUCGUGAAGCAUGCGUGUGACAACGAAGGCGAGUACAGUCCGCUCGCUACGCUGAUGUUCAACGUGGGUGACGAGGCCAUUCGCCACCUGUUCUCGCGCGGCACGGCCUAUCGCUUCUCUUAUUCGUCGCUGGCCGUCUUCCUGGUCAUCUACUUCUUCUUCGCGUGCUACUCCUCUGGCAUGGCCAUUUCGAGCGGCAUCGUCCUGCCCAUGCUCGUAAUCGGGGCGACACUCGGACGCAUAGUAGGUCUGGCGACGAUAGACUAUCUGGGCAUCUCCGCCAGUUGGAUGGACCCAGGCGUGUUCGCGCUCAUAGGGGCAGCCUCCUUCUUUGCAGGCGUGUCGCGGCUAACGAUAGCCCUCGCCGUCAUCGUCACCGAGCUGUCCAACGACAUUCAUUUUCUCUUACCCAUCAUGCUCGCCGUAAUGAUCGCCAAGUCCAUCGCCGACACCGCCACGCACUCGCUUUAUCACGCGCUGCUCGAAGUGAGGUGCGUGCCGUUCUUGGAAAACGACCCGGUCGUUCGCGGUGUGGAUACCUUCAAGGCGAAGGACGUGAUGUCUGCGCCGGUCACCACCUUCCGCCACAAAGAGAAGGUCCGCAACAUCGUGCAGACCCUGAUCUCCUGCCGGCACCACGCCUUCCCGGUCGUCCUCACGCCCAAGGACAAGGUGAUGCUCGACAGCAGAAACAAAAUACGGAAGCAGGGACAUCAGGAGAAGCUGGCGCGCACGCAUCGCCUGACCCCUUCAUCGCCCAUGGCCUCGCCGUCAUCGGCCUUUGCUCCUCCGCGCCGUGUGGACUCGCAGCUCGAAGGAUUCGACAUGACCGAGAUCGAGGUGAAUAUCAAGCAGAAAGAGAAAGAAGACGACGGACACCUUGUGAACAAUGGGCGCGGAGAGCGGCUGAGCGGCUUAAGCCUCGGGCUGAGCGGAAGCAUGACCAUCGACGACCUGAUCGAAGACACCGACGGCGUACGCAUGAAGACGCUGGACCUCGAGGGCAACGAGGGUGCUCUGGCGUUGCGACAGAGGGGACGAGGUCUGCUCGAUGGAGGCCUGGGGUCUCCGCACAGGCGUCGCUAUGAAGAAGACGAGUAUGAGGACGACAAGCAGCACGCCGCUUUCAAGGGGAUGAUUUUGCGCGCGCAGCUGGAGAUUUUGUUGCGACAUCCGGAGAUCUUUGUGGCAAACGAGUACGACAUCAAUCCUGUGCUGGACUAUCGCAGGAUGAAGGACGAGGAUACGUCGCACAAGUCGCCCAUCUCUAUCACAUCUCCGCGCUAUCUCGAGACUGUGCAAGAAGAGGACAUGGACAAGUACAUCGAUCUGUCGCCGUACAUCAACACUUCCUCGCUGACCGUGACCGAGAACUUUUCCCUGGGCUUCACCUACAACCUGUUCAGGUCGAUGGGCUUGCGACACUUGCCGGUGGUGAACGAGAACAACCAGCCCGUGGGCAUCAUCACGCGCAAGGACCUGCUGGGCCAGACCCUCGAGGAGAGGCUGCUGGUGGCCAAGGGCGGCAUGCCCCAGCCCCGAACCUGCGUUGGCUGCUUCGGCGGCUGCUAA